AUGAAAACUUUUGUAUUAUUUGUAAUAUUAUUAUGUUUAACAUUUUUAUCAAUUUCUAAAAGUGAAACAUGUCCAUUUUCACAAUCAUUAGUUAGUGGUGCAUCAGCAACUUACUACACUGAUCCAAAUGCAGGUAAUUGUGGUUAUGAAAAUCUCAUGGGACCUCUUGGACCUGGUAAUUUAUUUAUUGCUGCCCUUGGCCCAAAUCUCUACAAUAAUGGAAAAAAUUGUGGUCAAUGUUUUAACAUCUCAUCACCUUAUACCAAUAGAUCAGUAGUAAUUAUGGCUACAGAUUCAUGUCCAGAUUCAGGUUAUUGUCAAAGAUCAUCACAUUUUGAUCUUUCAACCCAAGCAUUUGAUGUUUUAGGUGCACAAUCGAUUGGUGUAUUAGAAGGAUUAACUUAUUAUAAGGUACCAUGUGGUGUUAAUGGUAAUGUUAAAAUUAUGAUGAAAGAUGGUAGUAAUGAUUAUUGGACAGCUUUUUUAAUUUAUAAUUCAAAAGUAACAAUUAAAGAUGUCUCUGUAAAGAUAACUGGUAAAUCUACAUAUACAAGUUUAACUCAAAGUUCUUACAAUUAUUGGAUUUCUCCAAAUAUGGUCCCAGGAUCAUUUGAUGUUAGAAUUGAAUCUGUUGGUGGUGAAUUCAUCUAUAUAACCAUUCCAAAGGUUGAAAGUAGAAAACAAUAUGAAACAUCAAGUCAAUUCAGUGUUGAUGGUUGUGUUGGAACACCCUCUGGUCCAUCUGGUGGUUUAGGUAGUCCAUCAACUGGUGCUAGUAUUGGUACUCCAUCUGAUGCUUCAUCAUUAACAUUAUAUGCAUUAUUUUCUUUAACAAUUUUAUUUUUAGUAAUGUUAAAUUAA